UUACAAAAUUACCUUACACGUUACACAACUUUUCUAAUUAGUCCAAAGCAAUAAAAUUCAAUGAACAAUAAACCCUGUAGUAGUGCACAUAUUUAGGAAUCGACGAAAGCAAUGUUUAUCUAGUGUUUUGCAGUACAGCAAUUCUAUUAAUUGUGUCUUGGCAGUCGUCGAGGCUUAAAAGAUAAGAGGCCUGGUGCACUCAUAUCGAGCUAUAUAAUUGUGCCAGUGAUCGAAUCCCACAAGAAGGAGAAGAUGUUUGAUAAUUUCCACAACAAUCAGACUGUGGCACAAGAGCCCCCACCUCCUAAGAAAGUGCUUAGAUGUGACAAGAGCUAUGUCACAACUAUACCAGGAAUCCUGAAAGUUGUUCAAGUGUGCUGCAACAUAAUAGGCUUCAUCUGUAUCAAAGUGAGCUGGUCAUGGGUAUCGGCAAUAUUCUACAACAUGGUAUACUGGAUUGGAAACAUUCUGACUAUUCUACUUCUUCUCGCAUACACUUGUCAUUUUGUUGAGAAGUAUGACCACUGGCCUUGGUUCAAAUAUGAGUUCUUCUACUGCAGUAUUAUGGCCUUAGCUUAUGUUGUGUGUUCAAUAUUUGCUGCUACCAUUGGGGAAAGUGUUGGAUAUGCUGUUGUUUUCUUUGGAUUGGUGGCAACCUGUGCCUAUGGAUUUGAUGCUUACCAAAAAUACAAAGGAUGGAACAGGGGUCUGCCACCACAAUGAAAAUUUAAAGACUGCAAAUAACUGACUGACUUUACUUUAGCAAACAUACACAAUGCAAAAUGAGGAUUACAAUACACACAUUGUGUAUUAAUUACCUGCUGUAUUCUGCUAGUGUUGUGUUUGGGUGGUUUUUGUUGACUUUAUAAUUACUAAUCAAUUUAAAAAAACUUAAGAUAAAUAACCAAGUUAUUUAAUUACUUGAGAUUAUCUUAUACAUUCUUAAAGUUGGGGUUAAAUUAUAACAUUAAGGUGUUAUUAUUAAAGUUAACAUUAUUAGAGCUUAUUCAAUAUUGGUGCUCUAUUUUGAGAGUUUUAAAAUUAAAGCUUAAAUCUAAGUAAAACGUGCCUUAAUGUUAAAGGAGCAUUUUAUUUACCUAAUUAUUAAAUUAUUUGAUUAUUUGUGGUCAUCACAAGUCCUAGGUAAUAUCUGAACCUAUACUAGUAAUUGUUGUUGUUGUUGUUUUAGUAAUCUUAGCGUAUCCCGCUGGUACAUCAAGCCCUCAAAAGUUGUCUCCGCUUGACCCUGUCUUGCACUUGAAUUAAUAUAUAAUUGAACCUAUAAUUGAUAAUAUGUAAUACACAAUAUAGAAGUUUUUACAGCAUAUUCCUAUACUAUAUACCAGUGUUUAAUAAUCAUGUAAGUAACUUUUUUUCUGAAAAACUUUUUUUCUGAAAUUCUACCGCUAAGGUAAACAAAGAACAAAAUUUGAAUGGAAAAAUCCUACUCCUCAUUAUGUUUGAAAACUUUAACAGAUUACUGUCUCAACAAGCUCACCACAUCGACAUUGUGUGUCAUAUUAAUAGAAGUCGACAGGAGUGUACGUGCAUACCCUAGUACCAGAUCUGUAGAGAUCACAGCUUUUGGAUUGUUUGCUUAAUUUAAAAUUUUCAAGUUCUGAACUAUUACACAAUGUUUUGUUUUUUUCUAGGUAUAUUUAGUUGUGUACGUAUUUUAAUGAUAUACAUCACUGGCAGUCUUAAGUCAAAAACUAAGAGAAUAUCUUAUCAUUUUCAUGUAUUGUAUUAACGGAGGGAACUGGGUUGGUUUUUGUUUACCCAUUUUUAAUAUAGCAUUUGGAUGUGUUGUAUUGUAAGUUUCCCAAAUAAAUAUUUUGAAGAAAUCAAGUCGAAUUGGGAAACUUGUCGUAGGUGAUAUGGUCAGCAGUAGGUACCACCACCCAUCUAUUUCUGUAGCCAAGCAGUCAUGCGAUCCGUUUUAUACAGCCCUAAUACAAGCUGUACAAUUGCCUUAUACAGUUGAACCUUCGACCUUCACGUGCCAAGGAAUCCUCACUCUCCUCCACUGACACCUCCUUCGCCCAACUAAGCAAAAAAUUUCUCUUUUUUCAGUUGCAUAAGAGUUAUCUUGUAUUUAAUCUUUUCAAAAGAAUUACCUUUUAGCGUCAGAGACUAUUUAAUUGUGAGACGAACAUAAAAAUCUCGGAAAAUAACGCUAGACGACUGUAUGGUUAGUUUUGGCGUUAGGGUGUUUUAAUAAACUAAUUAUAAACUUUACAAGUUGUUAGAUAAUGAAUUAUAAUAGAAGCUGUUGAAAAUAUGGGUCCAAAAAUAUCAUUAUGUAAUGGUUUGUAACAUUUUUUAUAUUGUUUUUAUGUAUUUUAAUAUUAGUACUAAGAAUAACAUUUAAAAGUGUAAACUAAUCAAGAUAUAUUUGUGACUGACGUUUUUAAAAUAAUAAAGUUAUUUUAUUCAACAAAA